AUGAAGCGGGGUAAUAGUAAUACAGUUAAAUUAUUGAGUAGUAUACUGGUGCUGGUCGUCUUGGUUUUGUUGACUGGUAGUGUUCGAUCUGAUACAUGCUUGAAUACUGUUAAAGAAGACUCCAAAUUAGGGGCACCCAAUUACUCCGGUGUAAUAUAUACAGUCGACACUACUAGUCCUGAUGCCUAUAGGAAGAUGAUUGCUCGCCUGCGAGAGCUGCUGACAAGGCGCGGGGAAUACCGGCAAGGAGUGCCGAUACUUCCUGAGCAAACAAGCGUGCCUGAUUCUCAGCGGUACAUCUUGCUUGAAAUCAUUGUCGCGGGCACACCAAGAGGUGUAACAUUUGCUAUCGAUGUUACCAACGUUUACAUCGUCGGUUAUCUUGUUGGUAGCACUAGAUACUUCUUUAUGGAAGCUCCAGCCAGGGCAGAGGAGCUGCUCUUCACAGUUGCGGCAAUUCAAACUUCACCAACAAGGAGGUCAUCCAACUAUGCCAAGCUGGAACAAAAUGCAGGUGCACCGAGGAGGGCCAUCCCGCUGGGGCUGCCUAGUCUGGCUGACGCCAUAAGAACACUUGUAACCACAAGACCAGAAGAUGCAAGGUCCCACCUAGUAGUUAUCCAGAUGGUUUCAGAGGCCGUGAGAUAUUGGGAAAUAGAGUUGAAUGUUCUCCAAGCUGCAAACAAUGCAAAUCCUUCGUUUCUACCAGACGCCCGUAUGAUUGAUCUUGAGAACAACUGGUCAGCCCUCUCUUUGCAGAUCCAGACUAGUGAUGCAUUCGCAUUUCAAAGGCCUAUUACCAUCGGCGAUGAAGUCGCUGACAAUGUUCAGUCAGCAGUCAUAAGAGGCAUGUUUCUGAUGUUGUUCAGAUGCGCUAGGCCGCGUCGAGAUCUGCAGAUGCCGAUGGAGGAAGUUAGACGAAAGCGGUUGAUCGGCCCAGGUACUGAAAUAUUGCGAAGAGAUCUUGGCCUAUCCAUUGAUCCUCCUCCUGUGCAGAAGGAUGAUGACACAUGCAAGCAUUUGGCCGACUCAAGGAGUCGAAUAAUGGGCCGAGAUGGGCUUUGUGUUGAGGUGCAAGGGUUUAACUAUAGUGAUAGAAAUCCAGUUAUUCUCUUCGCAUGCAGGAGCGGUGACUUCGCGAAGCAACUUUGGAACUUCAGAACAGAUGGCCGGAUCGUAUCAUUUGGGAAGUGCUUGGCAGCAUCCGGAGUUACUCCUCGAAGCACCGUGGUGAUACAUGAAUGUGAGACCAUCCAUGAGUCCGCGGUUCGGUGGGAGAUGAGCAACUCCGGGACUCUGUCCAACAGGGCCAGCGGAUUGGCCUUGCAUGCUGCUUCUGGUUCUGGAAGGCAGCUGACGCUGCAGCGUGACAUUAGUUCCAGCUUCCAAGCCUGGCAAAGCACUAAUAUUAUUACCCCAGUUGACGUCUAUAUCCAGGGUGAAAAUAAUCGGUGCAUCUACUACAAUGGUGGAACAAACACUUAUGUAGAGGGAUGUCGCAAUGACUACUCCAGGCAAAAGUGGAGACUCUACCCAGAUAGUACCAUCCGACCUAUAGAGUGGCUGAAUGGAUGCCUCGAGCUUAGUACUUUCGUCGAGCACCCGAGGUAUAAUUUUAUCCAACUUGGGCAUUGCAAUAACCAUCCUGAGUACCAUCGCUGGAUCUUUACUCAGGGAUGCAUCAUGAAUUUAUAUAGCUCGUUGGUGGUUGACGAGGACAGGGACUAUCCAGCAGAAGGGUGGCUCAAGGCAGCGCCCUUCCAAGGUGGCCUCAAUCAAAUCUGGAAGCUUGUAUUUGUAUCAUAA